AUCGCACCUUAUUAUUAUUAUUAUUAUUUAUAAAUCCAUUAUAAUCAAACCCGCAAGCCUCUCUGUAACCCAAUCUUAAAUCCUCAUUGACUGCUAAUCUACGUUAUAGAUUAGACUACAGACCACGCACGCUCUUCAAAGAUCCCAACCACCUCAAACUCAAACAACAAGGUAAAACAUAGACUGACCCAUAAUCUGAAGACAGAGAUACAGAGCGUGUGAGCCAACACAAAGAGAAGGAGAACCUUCCUUGUAAAGAUUUCUUAUCCUCGCUUCCAUCUUAAGCACCUGCAUGUAUGUCCACCACUCAGUGCCCACCUCCUCUCACCCCUUUAUUUUUUUCACUUUCGAGAACUGGUUUAGAUCGGAGCUGCCUUUUCUAAUAGCCGGCAUUUUUUGAACUCCUUUUGGGUUUAGCGUUUCAGAGAGGUUUGUGCACAAGGAUCGCAGUGGUGGCAGAGUUGUGAAUACUGUUUUUUUGUUUGGUGAUUGUGCGUGAUCUUGCAGCGUUUGAACUGUGAUGCAGCAGAUAAUAAAUUAGUUUUGUUUUCCAGCAAUGUCGAGGAUUACCAAGUGGGAGCUCGAGAAGACUAAAGUGAAAGUUGUCUUUCGGCUGCAGUUCCAUGCUACACAGAUUCCUCAAUCAGGAUGGGAUAAGCUUUUUAUAUCUUUCAUUCCUGCUGAUUCUGGAAAAGCAACUGGAAAAACAACCAAAGCUAAUGUAAGAAACGGGACCUGCAAAUGGGCAGAUCCUAUCUACGAGACCACAAGACUUCUCCAAGAUGUUAAAACCAAGCAAUACGAUGAAAAGCUCUAUAAGCUUGUUAUAUCAAUGGGUUCAUCACGGUCUAGUGUCCUUGGGGAGGCUACCAUCAACCUUGCUGAUUAUGCUGAUGCAUUAAAACCAUCUGUUGUUGCCCUGCCUCUUCAUGGAUCUGAUUCUGGAACUUCUUUGCAUGUCACUGUACAGCUGCUCACUUCAAAAACUGGUUUCCGGGAGUUUGAGCAGCAGAGGGAACACAGAGAAAGGGGAUUGCAGACUAACCAAAAUAGUCCCAAUGAAUCCUCUGGUGGAAAAGUAUCAUCUUCUGAAGAGAUUAACAAUGAUCAGAUAGAUAAGGUAAAUAUCAGAGUUAGAUUUAAAGACAAAUCUAAAGACCUUGCUUCACUCAAACAAGAGGUGGGGUCAAACGAAGAAUAUGCAGACUCAGCUGUUGGCUUUGAUGGCUCUUCCAAUACUUCAGAGAGUUUAUAUGCAGAGAAGCAUGAUACUUCCAGUACACAUGAAAUUGAUCGCCUUAAGAGCACUGUCUCUGGUGACUUAGCUGGACUUUCCCUUAGCCAGGGUCCUCAGCUGGAGAAAGGGGAUCUUUCUGAUCAUCAAUUUUCAGCACAGGGAACGAAUGAUUGGGUUCAUGCCUGGAGUUCAGACUACCAUGCAGAUAAUGACUUGGCAGCUGCAUAUGAAGUGAAUGGUAGACUUAGAGGAAGCUUGGAAGUGGCGGAGUCAUCUAUUCUUGAGCUUAGACAGGAGGUAAGCUCCUUACAGGGUCAUGCUGAUGAAAUAGGUUAUGAAGCCCAAAAAUUUGCCAAGCAACUUGCUUCUGAGAUUGCUUCUGGAGAAGAGAUGACCAAAGAGGUGUCCAUGUUGAAGUUGGAGUGUUCAAAGUUGAAAAAUGAACUUGAACAGCUAAAGGUUUCUCAGUUAUCCCCUCCAUUUAGCAGCAGAAAUGCUACAGAGCCCAGGCAGGAUCACAGAUUUCAAGAUCUGCAGCUCAGAUGGCUAAAUGGGCUUUUACCCAUGGAAGAUAAGAUAAAAGAGCUUAAAAAUAAGGCAUGCUUGGGAUACCAUGAAAGCGAUUCCAGUUUUCUUUGUUCAGACAUAGAGGAGUUGCUCAGUGUGCUGCAGAAUCUCAAGCAGGCAACAGGGCUGCCAAUUUCCAGCACCCACUUGGUACCUUCUGAAGGAUCUAGCCUGAAGGAGAUCCGAGAAAUGAGUGUACAUAAAAAUGGCCAGUUUGUAAGUGAAUCAGGGUUUGAUGUUGACUCGUAUCAACCAGAACUAGGCAUGCUUCAUUGUCUUAAUAUUCCUGGACUGGUGUCUCAUGAGACUGACUCUAUAAAUACUACCAACGCAAUGAAUGGAAGAAUAUUUGAACUUCUGAGGGAGUUGGAUGAAUCAAAAGCUGAACGAGAGAGCCUUGUGAAGAAAAUGGACCAGAUGGAGUGUUACUAUGAAGCUCUUGUCCAGGAGCUUGAGGAAAAUCAGAGGCAGAUGCUGGGGGAGUUGCAGAAUCUCAGAAAUGAGCAUGCUACUUGCUUGUAUACAGUUUCAUCCACAAAGGCAGAGAUGGAGACAAUGCGCCUAGAUCUGAAUGACCAGCUAUCAAGACUUGUCGAAGACAAACGUGAUUUGGAUUCUCUGAACAAGGAGCUUGAAAGAAGGGCUGUUACUGCAGAGGCAGCGCUCAGAAGGGCACGGCUGAAUUAUUCUAUUGCUGUUGACCAGUUACAAAGGGACUUGGAACUGCUCUCAGUCCAGGUUUUGUCUAUGUUUGAAACUAAUGAGAACCUCAUCCGGCAAGCUUUUGUAGAUUCUUCACAAUCAGGCUUCGAAGGAAACCCAGUAACCACGGAGAGCCAGAGAUCUGAUUCAAGGGAAGUUCAUAUGGGGAAGCUCUUUCAGUUCCAAAAUCAGUUUGUUGGGACAAAGAAACAGCAGUUGGGUUGUGAUAUUCUUUUAGAUGACUUAAAAAGAUCACUACAUUUGCAGGAAGGGCUUUACAGGAAGGUUGAAGAAGAAGCUUGUGAAAUGCAUUUUGCAAAUCUAUACUUAGAUGUACUUUCAAAGGCUCUACAAGAAACUUUGCUUGAAGCCAGUGAUGAUGUCAAAUGUAUGAAAGAGAAAAUACAUGAACUUGUGUGGCAGCUAGAGCUUUCAACCGAGUCGAAGGGGUUAUUAUCACAAAAGCUGCACUCUGCAUUGGAUGAUGUUCAUGCCUUAAAAGAGCAUAGGGCUACUUGCAUUGCCAAGUGCAAUGAGAUGGCUCAACGAAACCAAGUUUUGGAAACAAAUUUGCAAAAUGUCACCAGCAAAAAUCACCUUCUCUUGCAGAAGAUUGCCGAAUGGGAGUCUCAAGUGAUGCACUACAGAAGUUAUGAGAGCAUGUAUGAGAUUUGUGCUGCAGAGAAAACAGAGUUGGCAUGUUUAUUGGAGAAAAAAACCCUAGAAAAUUGUGGUCUUCAAAAUGAGAUCUUUUCUUUGCAGGAAAAGUUGAAAACUUUCAGAAGUGAAUUUGAUGAUCUGGCUUCUGUGAAGGAAAAACUGCAGGAUUUAGUCAAUUUCAUGGAGAGUAAGUUGCAGAACUUGCUGGCAUCCUAUGACAAAAGUAUCAAUGGAAUUCCUUCUAGUGAAUCUGGCUAUCAGGAUUUAGAGUCCAUGGAUUUAACUGGUGUCAUGAUGCAAUUGGAAGAGCUUCAGCAUAAUUCUUGCGAUAAGAUUCUCCAGCUCAGGGAAGAGAAGAAAGGUCUGGUUCAUGAGAGAGAUAUUGCACAAGUGUCCAUUGCUGCAGCUAAAUCAGAGCUUGCAUUGUUGAAACAGAAGUUUGAAUGUGAUAUGAGGAACAUGGUGGAUGAAUUAGAUGUGUCGAAUGCUUUGGUGCAGAAGCUUCAGUUGGACAUUGAGGGUAUUGCUUACAAACUCAAGGUUAGCUCUGAAGUCGAAGAAAAAUGUGCACAGCAGCACAAUGAACUUUUUUCUGAUUUUGAUCAUUUGGCAGUUCAGUUGAAAGAACUUGUUUCUAAAAACAGGGACCUUGGUCACAAAAUCUUGGCAUUAGAUAGUGUCGCUAGUGAACUUGAUAAAACUAAGCUGACUGCAGCAGAACUUAUGAAAGAAAAUCAAGCUUUGAUGGCAUCUAUACGGAAUAAAAAUGAGGUGUCCUCUAGGAUUGCAUACGAACUCGAGAGUUUGAAAGGAAGUUUUCGAUCUCUGCAUGAUGAAAACCAAUCUUUAAUGUUAUCUUCUCAAGAUAAGGUGGAGUCUGCUCAGCUGGCUUCAGAGUUGAGCAACUUGAAAGAUAGCAUCAAAACUCUGCAUGAUGAAAACCAAGUUCUGAUGGAAACUAUACGGAAUAAAACCGAGGAAGCUGCCAGCUUUGCAUCAGAACUAAAUAGUUUGAAAGAAAAUUUGCGAUUUCUGCACGAUGAAAACCGAGCUUUGAUAGCAUCUUCACAGGAUAAAGAGGAGGUCUCUUCCAAGCUUGCAUUGGAGCUAAACAGUUUGAAAGAAAGUUUGCAAUCUCUGCAUGGUGAAAAACAAGCUUUGAUGACAUCUUCACAGGAUAAAACCGAGGAAGCUUCCAAACUUGCAUCAGAGCUUGACACUUUGAAGGAGAGUUUGCAAUCUUUGUGUGAUGAAAACCAAGGUUUGAUGGCAUGUUUGCAGGAUAAGACAGAGGAAUCUGCCAAGCUUGCAUCGGAGCUAAACAGUUUGAGAGAAUGCCUGCAAUCUUUGCAAGAUGAAAAGCAAGCUUUGAUGGUGUCUUUGCAGGAUAAAACUGAGGAGUCUGCCCAACUCGCUUCAGAUAUGAUCAGUUUGAGAGCGAGUUUGCGAUCUCUGAAUGAUGAGCUGCAUGAUGAGAGAAGCUUGCGAGAGGGGUUACAGAGUACAGUAACAGAUCUAACUUCCCAAUUAAAUGAGAAGCAGUGCCAGUUGCUCCAAUUUGGUCUCCACGAGUCUGAAUUGACUCAUCUUAAACACUUGGUGUCGGGUCUAGAAUCUGAGAAAUCAAGAGUUUGCCAACUGUUGUUGCAGUCAGAGGAAUGUGUUAAAAAUGCUCAUGAAGAAGCUUCCACUCUCAAAUCUCAGUUGUCUGAGAUGCACAAAUCUCUAAUAGCUGCCGAUGUUAAAUUCAUUUUUGCGAAGACUCAAUACGAGGGUGGAGUUGAAGUGCUUCUUCAGAAACUGAACUCCUCAGAUGGACACUUCGCCCAACUUCAGAAGAAGCAUAUUGACAUGGAAAUCAUCCUUAAUCACUGUCAUGCAAGUGAAACACAACACAUUGAAGAGAAUGCAAGGCUGAUGACAAAUGUCAACUCUGUUCAGUCUGAGCUAGAGGCUUCUAUUGCUGAAAACAGGUUACUUGUCGAGACAAAAAGAGCUGAGCUCGAGGGAUUCAAAAAUAAUUCUCAAAAUGUUGUGCUUAGUUAUAUUGAGGAUAAAGCUCAGCAUUCUAAAGAGUUUGAAAAGCUGAAGUGCUUGUUGGUGACACCUGAAGAAGAGAUUGAUAAUCUGGUGUUAUCUAAGGUUGAGCUGGAAGUAAAAUUUCUAGUACUUGAAGCAAAAUUGGAUGAACAGAAAGCUCAGAUCAUCACCCUUGAAGGAUACUAUGAUGAAUUAGUGAUGCUGCAGAAGCACUGCAAUGAGCUGAACCAGAGGCUUUCUGAUCAGAUUUUGAAGACCGAAGAAUUCAGAAACUUGUCUAUCCAUUUGAAAGAGCUCAAAGACAAAGCUGAUGCUGAAUGUAUCCAGGCCCGUGAAAAAAGAGAACCUGAAGGACCGCCAGUUGCCAUGCAAGAGUCCUUGAGAAUUGCAUUUAUCAGAGAGCAGUGCGAAACAAGGCUGCAAGAACAGAAGCAGCAGCUGUCCAUCUCCAAAAAACACAGUGAAGAGAUGCUAUGGAAAUUACAAGAUGCCAUUGAUGAAAUUGAGAAUAGGAAGAAAUCCGAAGCUUCUCAUCUGAAGAAAAAUGAAGAACUGGGAAUGAGAAUCUUGGAAUUGGAGGCUGAGUUACAAUCUGUACUUUCUGACAAACGUGAAAAAGUGAAUGCUUAUGACCUGAUGAAGGCUGAAAUGGAAUGCUCCUUAAUAAGUCUUGAGUGCUGCAAGGAAGAAAAACAAAAACUUGAAGCUGCCUUGGAAGAAUGCAACAAGGAGAGGUCAAAAAUUGCUGUUGAACUUGCUUCGAUGAAAGAAUUGCUAGAGAAUUCCAAAUCACUAGUGGACAUGCAAGCAGAACAAAAUGAUGGAUCUUGCAAAGUGGAUUGCUUGUCUUCUGAUGAGUCAGUUAUCAGAAAUUCCAGCGACAAAAACUCAAUCAUUGAUGCUUCAAGCUAUGAAAGAAAAAGAGUACACACGGUCCCUUUGAAUGGUCCAACAGGGGAUCCAAACCAGAAGUGUUUGGGAAGGCAUAGUUCGAGGAACAGUGAAGAAGCAGAACAUGCAUUCCCUGCCUCUUUUGACAGAGCUGACCAUUCAAGCACACUCAUGAAUGGGCAACCUGAGCAGGAUGUUUGUGUAUCUGGUGGUGUAAAUGGGCUGAAAAGUUCUGCGCUCAUAAAUCAAGACAGGUUGCUGCAUAUUGACAUGAAGCAUUUAGCUAUCAUCAAUGAUCAUUUCAGAGCUGAAAGUUUAAAGUCUAGCAUGGACCACUUGAGUAAUCAGUUAGAAAGGAUGAAAAACGAGAAUUCACUUCUGCUGCAAGAUGAUAAUGAUUUUGACCAAAAGUUUCCUGGCUUACAAAGCGAAUUUAUGAAGCUACAGAAGGCCAAUGAAGAACUAGGAACCAUGUUCCCCUUGUUCAAUGAAUUCUCAGGGUGUGGAAAUGCUCUAGAGAGGGUGCUUGCAUUAGAAAUUGAGCUUGCUGAAGCAUUGCAAGCAAAGAAAAGAUCAAGCAUCCUCUUCCAGAGUUCUUUCUUGAAACAACACAGUGACGAGGAAGCCAUAUUCAAAAGCUUUAGAGACAUCAAUGAGUUGAUUAAGGACAUGCUGGAACUAAAGGGAAGGUAUACCACUGUGGAGACUGAACUAAAAGAGAUGCAUGACCGCUAUUCUCAGCUAAGCCUUCAAUUUGCAGAGGUUGAAGGUGAGAGACAGAAGCUCAUGAUGACUCUCAAGAAUGCUCGGCAUCAAAGAAAGCCCUAUACUUAAACCGCUCCUCAUCAGCCUCCCUUGGGGACCAUUCCUCGUAGCCAUCUUUAAAAGCCUCCUUUAGUGCCUUUUUUACGAAGUCUCAGAAAUACCAUUUAUGGAGUUCAGAAGUUCAUAUCCCCAUACUGCCUCCCGUGAUUAAUUAAUUAUGUAGAUUGCUGGUUGCUAUUUACUGGCUAAUUAGCUGGCACAAGUCAAGUUUCAAAUACGACAAGCCUGCAAUGGGAUGCCAAAAGCGUAGAAGCAGUUGUACCUUCUGUAAAUAAAAUCGUGUUUUGCUGGUUGUUAGCAUCAUAAGUAUAUAUAGUUAGUAUAAAAUUAUGACCUUUUUGCUCUCUGCUGUAAUUCAUUAUACUGUAUAGUAAUCAAAUUAUUUGACCAGCGAAACCAAUUUUGGUUCGUCACUCGAAAA